AUGGCCACUCAAGCUUCAUCCGCUCUCUCACCUCCCACCUUCAACGCCUCUGCCCUCAAGCUAGGGUCAACAAGUACUUCUACGCAUAUCUUCAAUCUCUCGCGACCGUCAGUCACACUACCUGGGUUGCAUUUCCACAGUAGUCUGACACCAGCCACUUCCGCUUCGACGUCAACGACUGCCACGAAUGUACGAGUUGAUCUAGCUAUUGCACCAUUUCAGGCCAAUGACGACACUUCCGUACCUGACAUACUCCAAGAGGCAGCACAUGGUGCGAUAAAAGAACAACAAGAUCCAGACGACCAUGGACGCGUCGACCCCAAAAGCGGAUUGAAUAACUGCGAGAUCGCCGGGAUAGUCAUUGGCUGUAUCCUUAUUUUCAUCCUAUUGGUAUACUUGGGGAUAAAAUUCCUCAUCAUGUGGGAGAUCAAGGAGUAUGCCAAAUGGGAAAGAGAAAAUGUGACGAUUCGAGAUAUUCGAAGGUGGCUUAAUCAAGACGACCCGGUACCUGCCAGAUUUCAGCAGCAAAUGAAGACCCAUUUCUCGGUCUGA